AUGAAGGACAGAGAUACUACGGACUCCAAGCCGGUCUAUCUCUUCGUCAACAAGACUCAAAAGUCCAAGUCGCUUUCCAAAAGUGAUGGCGCUGUGGCGAAACAGAUUAAUCGCCACGCCCAACACUUUCGAAGCCGCAAGGUCGAGGCUGAAAAAAUAUCCUCAGCUCUGUCCAGUUCAUCUUCAGCUCGUCGCAUAGCGCUGGAUGGAUGGCUUCGCAGAGGACAGCUCCAAGGGACCCCGGCGAAUGAGGCGUCUCAGACAUCAAUCCCUGAUCAGGACGGGUCAACUGCUGUAACGACACCAGCAAUAGUCACCGGUCUUACUGGUCCAGACACUGCCAGUGCGGCGUCCAUCUGGCCGUUGGCUGCCACUCUACCUUCCCGGACACGUCCAUGGCGGUCACCAGGAACACCCGCAUCACGUGGUGUCGUCAGUAGUGAUGGUGCCCACGGUACCCACGACCAGGAUCAAAACCUCCCCCCUGACGAGGAUCUAGAUCUGACGGACGAUGGAGACGUCCUGCAACUGUCGUCUAUUUACCGGGCCAACUUCACCGGCUACGACUGCGUCGAUCCCUUUGGCAUCACCCCAGUCCAAAUCACGACCCAAAUCCACAGCAUCCUGCAGCAUACGCUGCAAGUGUACACUUACUCGGGCAACAAUUACAAGCUGGCAUUUCUCCCCCCUCACGUACGGUCGACCAUCUCUCGAUUCCCCAUCGGAGAGGUUGUUGAGCGCAGUGUCUACAAGGAAUAUCAUCUCUACGCCUUAAUGGCUUUGAUGGCGGCCCGGUUGAAAUAUUGCUUCGAUGUCUCCAGGUUUGGCGAUGACGCGGGUGAACUCCGAGCCGCUGCUUCAUAUCAUCUCCGUAAGGAGCUGAUCCGUGCUUCUCGCUCAGGCGACCUCGACAAACAGACCAUCUUGGACAUUUUGUUCCUGGUGGUCAACGAAGUGCAAUAUGGGCGCUACGACGAUGCGAGAAAACAUCUUCAGGUGGUGGGAAGGCUCUUCCAUCUGCUCGAUCAUAGACAGCACUUUGAUCGUUGGGUCUCCGAGACGGCGGCUCACGUGGAUAACCAACUCGCCUUGACCACUGCAACCCUUCCAGUCAUCAAACGAAGUUUCGAUCCGGGUCCCAUGCUGCCGGAACGCAUGGCCGCCCUUCGGAGAGAGGCACAGAGCCUGAGGUACUAUGGUUGUUCUAGGCCCUCUUCCAUGGCGCUUGGGGGUCCCAAGGCUUCACUAGGUCUGACCGACACCAUUGCCGACCUGGCACAGACGUUGGAUCUGCGAAUGGGGACUGGACUCGCCCACGGACUCAAAGCUGGAGCGUUCCGCGGAAAGAUGGGCUCGGUGGUUUCCGACCUGGUCGAUUGCAUCGAAAUCGCAAAGGUGGUGUGGCUCUCUCCUUUUGCAGUCUGCUUCGAUGCCGAGUGGCUAUGCAGGAAGGCCAGGGCGGUGCUUCGUGCGCUGGCCUUCAUGGCCCCUGAGAAUCACGUCAGUCCAUCGGACGUCGACAUAUGGCACGAGGGUUUGAGGAUCUGUCUCAUGAUACUGAUGACCCAUGCUUGUACGUUGGUGGGCUUCCACACGGCCAAGGCGCAGGCCCGGCGCCUUAAAAUGGCCGAAGAGGCCGCCUUGGCUGUUUGGUGUCCCACCAUAGGAUGGACGGAAGAUUGCAUAUCCUGGGAUCCCCAUAGACGCCUGCCCCCCUUGGAGGAAACUCGGGCCGGGCUGACCUUGUGGGAAGUCCUCACCGGCGUCUGGUCAUCGGAUGGUCUACCUGAGCAGGAAUGGUUCAUCGUCCGCGCGGUAAAUCUAUGUCGAUACUUUGGCUACUCCACUUACGACGACCUACACAACCAUAUGGCGCAAUAUCUCUACUCCAGUUCGUUCCAGGAACAGAGCCUGCGAACGGUAGCACAACGACUCCAAGAUGUCCUGGCGCAACCGAGCGGCGGCCACGUAUGA